AUGUCGUUGCCUUGCCGCGCCACCUCAGGACGACUGCGGCUCGCACGGAGGAGGGUGUCCUUGUGCGUGUCCGCCCUCUGCUUGCUGUUGCCUCUGCUGCUGCUCCUGAUGAUCCCGCCUGCCCAAGGAGAUCACUGUCGCCUUAGCACAAACGCGGCCUGCAACAUCGAUGUGGCCCUCAAGGAUGGAUGCGAAGAAACAGCCACUUCCGAAAAUCCCAACGGCAACCUCACACUCCUCAUCCCUGCCGACGACACUGAAAGCGCUGGCAGCCGGACGACUUGGACUCUGCCCCCGUCAUGUGUGGACAACAUAAUCGAGCUGAACAUCCGUGCCCCAUACUUGGAAUCCUCCAUACUCGAGCACCUGCUGAGCAACAACUCGUGGCGCAACCUGCAAACCCUCACCGUGCGUGGCUUGAGCGGGCGGCACGAGGACCUUCACCUGCCCUGGACCACAUUCUCCGGUCUCAACAUGGCUCAGGGCUUGCACACCCUUGACUUGGCCAACAACAACAUUCACAGCAUUGGGCGUUCCAACACCGAUGACGAAGAAGUCCCGCAAGCCACACCGCAUUUGCUGCGCUCUCUUCGCCACCUUGACCUGUCAGGCAACGAGCUGACCACGCUUGAUGCACACACAUUUGGCCCUGUGCCAAACGUAGCUGCCCUCGUCCUGAGAGACAACAGGGUGAGCUGCAUCCAAGCCCACGCGCUGAUCCUCAACCAGCUUGAAACGCUUGACCUCGCCAACAACCCGCUCGAGGUCGUGGACCAACUCGCGUUUUGCGAGCAUGUCUCCAACGCCCGCACCUGCGCCCCUCGCCUACAUACCCUUAUCACGGACAUCACCAACACCGAACCUGCCAGCAACGCCAACAACAACAACAACGACGACGACGACGACGACGACGACGACGAUGCUGAUGAUGGCCCAGCAGUGAAUCCGGGCUUCCUUUGUCGCCUGUUUUCGCUCCAAUACCUUUCGAUGCGCAACACCCGGCUGGCCACCGCACAUCAUCACACCAAGUUCAUCCUCGAGCAUAUGACACUGCUCCAGGUGCUGAACCUGGCAGGAACAGGUAUCAGGGUGCUUCCCGAUGCAUUCUUCCCCUCCAGCAGCAACCUCACGACAGUUGACCUGAGCUUCAAUCGCCUGUCACACCUCCCCAGCAGUUUCUUCAGCCGCCUCUCAAACAUCUCCGUGCUGAACCUCCGCAACAACUCGUUCGCCAGCCUGAACGUGGCCGCUGUCGUGCCAAGCUUGACCCGCCUCGACAUCAGCAACAACCAACUCACCUGCACGCCCAACAUCAAGCACAUGCCAAACCUCACAACCCUCCUCCUGCAGCGACACCAGAUUGCGACCCUCAACCUCACCUCCUUGCUCACCUCCUCCCUGACCAUUCUGCGCGCGAGCGUGAAGCGUGAUACGACGUCCAAAGCCAUCAUUGCCGAGAGCGCACUGCUCCUCAACACAACCUCGUCCUUGCAAACGCUGGACUUGCGCAACGUCAACAUCGCGCAGGUCACCAAAGCCUUCAACUCGACCCAAAAGCGUGCCCUGGAGCUGAAGCUGCACAACCUCUACCUUGGAUGGAGGGGUAUGCACGAAGACAACGUGCCGAUGGAACACGUAUGCACCCUCCUCGACCCGUUAGCGAAAACAGAGCUGGGCAUCACCUACACAUCCUACAGCGACAUUGCGGUGUGCGAUGGUGUUUCAUCCACAGCCAUCCUCUCACACAACAGCAACCUGACAACAGUGCGCAUCGCAAACGACCUCAACGAGCUCGAUGUGUCUGACUGCGAGCAGCUGACGACGCUGCACGUGUCUGAAGGCGCAGCGGUAAAUGUGCUUGACAUCACCGGCACGAGCGUGCAUCCGAACACCCCGCUGUGUACGUCCUUGGGCACGCGCUUCCUCAUUGCCCGUCGCCUCAAGUCCAAGGAUUGGGCGAGCGGCAGUGACAGUGUCCGCGGCGUUGUUCAGACAUGCCUUGGCCAAGUGAAGCUCCUUGAUGUCUCCAACAACAACUGGGUGAACAGGCCCGCCCUGAUUCAGCCGGAUGCGCCCUCGCCCUCGCUCACGGUGCUCUCGAACGCCAAGUAUCGCCUGCUCAACGCCGACACCGCCCUGCCCAGCCGCAACUUGCCGCCCGUGCUGCAGCUGGCCAAGACCAGGAUCGAGUGUAACCUGGAGCUGUCCUCCCACGACCUGCGCAGCGACAUCGACCCCUUUGUCAUCGACACCGUGCUGGCGUACACGUACAAGUGCACAUGCAUUCGUGGCUACAAGAUGGCGAACGCAGAGUGCGUGCAGAAGCCCUCGCACAACGUCACCGUCAUUGCCGGCUCCGUUGCAGCCGGGAUUCUGCUGGGCGUCGUGAUUGCCGUCAUGUCCCGCCACUACCGCCUCAGAACACACGUCAACCUGCAGAAGCGCCUGCUGCUGGAGAGGGACGAGGAGGUGCUGGCGCUGAAGCGGGCGUGGGAGAUUGACUACGAUGAGUUGAGGAUGAUCAAGCGAGUGGCUGCGGGUGCGUUUGGCGUGGUCUUCAAGGCAGAGUGGGAUACGGUCAUGGUGGCGGUGAAAGUGCUGCAGCAAGGGGUGAUGAUGUUUGACGAGACCACGGUGCAGGAGUUUGAGAAGGAGGUGGACUUCCUGCAGCGCACACGGCACCCCAACGUGGUGCGGUUCUUCGGCGCGGGCACAGACCCCAACGGCAGCCCAUUCCUGGUGCUGGAGUUUGUGACGAUGGGAUCCCUGAAAGACCUGCUGGGCCAGAACCUGGCUGUGGUGCUGCAUGAGGUGCGGGAAGCGUGGGGUGGUGAACACGACGAGGAAGGCGAGCACAUGACGAUGUUUGAUGUGCCUGGUGAUGAGGUGACGCUGGUUGACAUGACAGCAGAUAAGGCAACCCGUGCGCGCGCCCUGGAAACCACGAGCGUGUGGGACUUUAAACUGCAGCUCUUGCGCGACGUUGCCAGCGGCAUGGCUUUCAUCCACAGCCUCGACCAGCUGCACCGUGAUCUGAAGAGCGGCAACGUGCUGGUGUCUGCCAAUUUGCGCGCGAAAAUCACAGACUUUGGGUCUAUCCGCCAAUGCCUGACACGCAAGACAGCCACGCUGCGUGAGCGCAGCAUGUCAGUGCGGCCCGACGCGCCAUACUCGCAGAAGGCGGGCAUGACCACGAUGGUGGGCGAGAUGCUCACGGCUGGCGUGGGCACGCCGCUAUACAUGGCGCCCGAGGUGCUGCUGGGCAACGAGUACGACUUUGCGGCUGACGUGUUCAGCUUCGGUGUGCUCAUGUGGGAGGUGGGGAUGCAGCAAACCCCAGAUUUGAUCUUGCAGGAAAAAGGCCCCGGCUUCCGCGGGCCCAUGAUGGCCACGCUCACUGUGCUGCUGGGAGAAGGCAAACGCCUUCGAUACGAGGACGCCGUGCGAAACGUGCCCGAGUGGUUCAAGGCGUUGACGGCCCUUUGCGUCUCGCAGAGUCGGAAAGAGCGCCCCAAGUUUUCUCAGCUCGUCGAUGCCUUUGCGACAAACUGA